CUAUUGGGUUACUUCCAAGGCUCCAAGCGUCCAACCCUGCAAGGCUGCAAGUUAUCUAGCAGUGCAUUCACUCUGCCAAAUUCUCGUAUAAAAACCAUACCUACUUCAACUCCCUUCAAGAUUUCCCACAAGAAACGAAGCAAAAAUGGCAGCAACAUGUUAUUAUGCGACUACUUCAAUGUCUUCUUAUCCUUCAACGAACCGCUUUGCAUCGGUAUCAAGAACCGGGGUUAUCUCUUAUCCAACCCCUUUCAAUCCAUAUAAACUCGACGCAAUCUUCAGUUCUAGUCUUCUCUCCCUUUCUUCGAAAAGAAGACAACCAAGAAAACUGAAAGUUAAAUCAGCUGUAGCUCCUGUUGAAACCACAGCCGAGUUUGAUGAAAUGGUUUCUGGGACUCAAAGAAAGUAUUACAUGUUAGGCGGGAAAGGUGGUGUUGGUAAAACGAGUUGUGCUGCUUCACUUGCAGUAAAAUUCGCAAAUAAUGGUCAUCCAACCCUCGUAGUUUCAACAGAUCCUGCACAUUCUUUAAGUGAUUCCUUCGCUCAGGAUCUGACUGGUGGGACACUUGUACCUGUUGAAGGGCCCCUUUCUCCUCUCUUUGCCCUUGAGAUAAAUCCUGAAAAAGCUAGAGAAGAGUUUCGUGAUGUAAGCAAGAAGAAUGGUGGAACUGGAGUCAAAGACUUCAUGGAUGGCAUGGGUCUUGGAAUGCUUGCUGACCAAUUAGGAGAGCUGAAGCUAGGGGAGCUAUUGGAUACACCUCCUCCUGGUUUAGAUGAAGCUAUUGCUAUUUCCAAGGUUAUUCAAUUUCUUGAAUCACAAGAAUAUAACAUGUUUACACGUAUAGUUUUUGAUACUGCACCCACGGGUCAUACUCUUCGGCUUUUGUCAUUGCCUGAUUUUUUGGAUGCAUCAAUUGGGAAGAUAUUGAAGCUUAGACAAAAGAUAUCAUCAGCUACUUCAGCCAUCAAAAAUGUAUUUGGGCAAGAAGAAACUCGUCAAGAUGCUUCUGAUAAACUGGAGAAACUACGUGAAAGAAUGGUUAAAGUACGCGAGCUUUUUCGUGACACCAACUCAACAGAAUUUGUUAUAGUCACGAUUCCAACGGUGAUGGCAAUCAAUGAGUCAUCGAGACUGCGUGCUUCACUUACAAAGGAAAAUGUUCCUGUUAAAAGACUUAUUGUUAAUCAAAUUCUUCCCCCAUCUGCUUCUGACUGCAAGUUUUGUGCUAUGAAAAGGAAGGACCAGACACGUGCAAUUGACAUGAUCAGAAGUGAUCCAGAGCUGUCUAGUUUGCUUCUGGUACAGGCGCCUCUUGUUGAUGUUGAAAUUAGAGGUGUCCCAGCUCUUCAAUUCUUAGGGGACAUGAUUUGGAAAUGAAACUACAUAUAUCUAUAUAUAUCUAUCUAUCAUCAGCAUGAUAAGGUAAAUUUGGUGGGUCCCAUCCUCAAUUCUUAUCAUAUCAUGUAAAUUGUAACUCAUGGCAACAACUGACUGCUACAAGAUAUAUCAGAGACCCUUUUGGUGAGUCUUGUGGAAGAUGAGUUUUAAGUCACAUUUUUGGUUACAAGGCAAGACACAUAUAUAGAAAAGGAAGAAUUAGUGACUAUGGCGUUUUUUUUUUUUUUUUUUCAAAGUAUUAAAUACACUGCAACGGUGGUAAAUAGUAUAUUUAGACUGAAAUUUACUCUAUUAAAUUGCUGUUGUUACU